AUGGAUUCAUCAGGCUCUAGCAGUCCAAAAAGCUCGAAAAAUCACUUUCUCAUGCUAAAAUUUUUAAGGUUUGGCUUCAGUAUUAUCUUAUUAUCUAUCUUAUUUAUUGGAAUCUUCCAAAACUCCCUCCAUUUCUUUAUAUAUCUUACAAACUGAGGCCUUACAUUGACAGCACUUUAUUUUGUUGUUUCUUCAAUUUCUUAUUAUUACAGCAAAUACAUGCCAAUUUCAGUAAUUCUUUUUGAAACAGUCUGGUGUAUUGGCUGAUGUAUUUUUGUGGUAUUUUGGGGUGUCGUUGGCCCUCUUAAAGGCCAUCACGUGAUAGCUGAUGUCCUAUUACACAUUUUGCCAAUUGUUCUCGUUAUUAUUGAUUUUUUACUAAAUGAGAUUUUAAUGACAAGAAAACAUGCAAUUUUCCCUAUUGGAGUCAGCAUUAUUUAUUUAGUUUUUAUAAAUAUUCCAUAUUCAAUAGCAAUUCAUGAAGUUUAUCCUUUGAUGAACUAUAAAAACAUUUGGACAUAUUUGAUUUUGUUUUUAAGCUUAAGCGUUCAAGUGUUUUCUCUUGAAAUUGGAAUUUGGAUUAAAAGAAGACAAAUUGGCAACCAGAGAAUUCUUGAGCUUGAAUUAGAGAAUGCUAAGGUUGUUUCUACAUCUCCAAGCGUAGCAUAA